AUGCUCGAACUUCUAACUGUUGGCUUCGAUAUCAAGUGGCGACCAACAAAAUCCGGUUGCAACUCUGCAGCUUUGCGUUGGUCGUCGAUGCCUCAUCUUUCAACUUCUUUACAGCCCGAUUCCUUGGUUAGUUUUCUUCGAAAUCCCAAAUAUACAUUUGUUGGGGUUGGAGUUAAGAAUGACGUUGAGAUAUUGGAGAAGGAUCACGGGUUAAGUAUGGUCAAUGUGGUUGAUUUAAGAGGCUUGGCGGCUUUUAAGUAUGGCAAGACGGACCUGAGGAAUGCUGGUUUCAAGGAGCUGUGCAAAGUUGUUCUUUGGGAAGAGUAUGAAAAGCCCAAACACAUAUACUAUGGGAAAUUGGGAUAA